CCCAGGAGUUUAUUCAGUGAGUUCUUCAUUUCCUGACAGCUACUUUCUCCAUCUUACCAAGAUGGCUCAGCAAGCCCCUGAGGCCCCGUGGACAGUGGCUCUGACUGUGGCACUGCUUGCGCUGCUCAACCCCACGGUCCACGGCAGGGCCACUCCAGAGAAUUACCUGUACCAGGCGCGCCAGGAAUGCUACGCGCGCAACGGGACGCAGCGCUACGUGGAGAGACACGUCUACAACCGCGAGGAGUUCGUGCGCUUCGACAGCGACGUGGGCGAGUUCCGCGCCGUGACCGAGCUGGGGCGGCCGGACGCCGAGAACUGGAACAGCCAGCCGGACGCCCUGGAGCAGAAGCGCGCCGUGGCGGACACCAUGUGCAGACACAACUACGAGCUGGACGAAGGCUUCACCCUGAAGCGCAGAGUCCAGCCUAAAGUACAUGUGUCCCCUUCUAAGAAGGGGACCCUGCAGCACCACAACCAGCUCAUCUGUCAUGUGACAAACUUCUACCCGGGCAACAUUGAGAUCCGGUGGUUCCUGAAUGGACAGGAGCAAACAGCUGGGAUCGAGUCCACCAACCUGAUCCGUAAUGGAGACUGGACUUUCCAGAUCCUCGUGAUGCUGGAAAUGACCCCCCAGGAGGGAGAUGUCUACACCUGCCAUGUGGAGCACCCCAGCCUGGACAGCCCGGUCACCGUGGAGUGGAGGGCUCAGUCCGACUCAGCCCGGAACAAGAAGCUGACUGGAGUCGGCGGCUUCGUGCUGGGGCUCAUCUUCCUUGCAGUGGGCAUCGUCAUGCACGUCAGGAGCAAGAAAGGUCAACGAGGAUCUCGAUAAGCAGGGCUGCUGUUCUGACUACAAAGAUGAGCCUCCAAACAAGAAUUUUUCUGCUUUGGCCCUAGAGCCUGGUUCUGGGCUAGACCCCAGCUGCCCACGAGGAUGUGGCUGCCACGAAACUGCUCUGAAGUGUUUCUGAAGCUCUGCUCUUUGAUUCAGUGCGCUUCUUUCAUCAACGAAGUUCCCUUCUCGUCCGCGUCAUAAAUAAAAUCAUAUCUCAUUAUUUUCUUUUAAAACCAUGCAGAGUUAUCUCAGUCACUGCAUUUGAUUAAAAGUUUUGGUGACCAAUCAAUUAGUGAACAAAUUCAUUGCCAUUAAAUGUAGGCAAGAAAAAAGAAAAUGUGACUAUCCUAACGCCAAAUACCCCAGCUGCUGCACGUGCUGCCUGUUGGACCGCCUUGUGCACUUGCCGCACUUCACUCGUCCCGUAAUCAUGUUUGUCCCCUUCGUCCCUGCAGAUCUGCAGCCAUUGUUCUUAGUUACUCAUGGUGAGCAGACUGUGACUCUGCUUCGCGUGGCCCGCACUCACGACUCACCGUGUACUUAUUAAGGGUGUUCUUUACCGUCACUGUUAUGAGAUACAAAGAACGUCAGAAUUAAAGCUUAUCAUCUAACA